AUGCAGGCUUGGACCUCAAUGCACAAGUUCAGCAAGCAGUAUGGCGGGCUGUUCGCAUGUACACUUGGGGGCGAAACGCACAUCUGGGUCGCAAGAGAAGAUGUUGCGCAAGACUUGAUGGUCAAGAAUGCUGAGCUGAGUUCGGCGAGGGCAGAUAUUGGGUCUUUCCCAGGGGUGACACAGGACUUUUUGUACUUGCCUCUGCUCGGGUACACAGAUCACUUCCACCGUCAAAAACGAUUCGCAAACGCAAUGAUGACCCGCGCAGCUAAGAACCAAUACUACGGUCACAUCCAGCUUGAGAUGAAGCGCUUUAUGCACGAGCUCUCCCGAAAGCCAGAAGACUUCUUCACUCUUACCCAUCUCUUCUGCGCUAGAAUCAGCUCUCGCCUCGCGUAUGGCACUGCCGAUCGUUCAAUAGAGCACAUGAUCAACGCCGGCGCCUUCAUCUCCCAACUUGGCCCUUCUGGGCCCAUACCUAAUCUCAUGCCGUUCCUAAGAUACUUCCCUGAGUGGAUGGCGCCGGGUCAGCGCGGAGUGCGAGAACGUCGAGAAAAGGAAGCAGCGCUGUGGAAGGACGCAUUCGAUCUGGCAAAGGCAUCCAAAGAUAAGGCAAUUUACACCACCGCAAGCUUGGCUACCAAAGCUAUUGGCUCCGAUACCGACCCUCUCUUCGCUGACGAGGAGGAGGCCAAGGCUGCAGUUGGCAUGCUCUGCACUGUCGCGAUCUAUACUAUUGGCGGACCGGCGACGCUAUUCGUCAUGGCUAUGAUUUUGCAUCCGGAAUGGCAAGACAAAGUGCGUCAGCAGAUUGAUAAGGUAGUUGGAAAGGAUGAGAUGGUGGACUUUAAGCAUAGUCCGCAGUUGCCAAUUUUAAGGGCAGCUAUCAAGGAAUGUGUGAGAUGGAAGAGUACUGUACCACUCGGUAAGUUCCUUCUUUCCUCUUUAUCCUAG